AUGCUAAAACAUCUCCUCAACGAGGGCAGCACCAGAUCCAGUCAGAGAGACACGCUCGCCAGAGCCCUGCACGAAGGUACCACAUCCUGUACCGGGGACGAGCUGGUUGCCAAGCUCAUGGAGAACCCAGCCCGUCCGGAAUUGGACGAAGACUUCACCGUGGGGGAAAUUAGACAAGCCAUUUUUGCGCUCAAAGGGAAGUGUGCGCCAGGUGCCGACAGAAUCCCCAACACGAUGCUGCGGAACCUUGACGACCGUUCGAUUGGAUACCUCACCGAGAAGAUCAACGAGACGGGGAAAAACGGCAGCGUCCCAGAGCAAUGGGAGACCGCCAACGUCGUUCUGAUCCCCAAACCCGAUAAGGCUCCGAACGUUGACAACCUCCGUCCCAUCUCUCUCACCUCCUGCGUCGGGAAAGUGGCGGAGCACGUCGUCCUCAAUAGACUGAACAGAUAUCUUCAAGAGAACAACAUCAAUACUCACAACAUGAUUGGCUUCCAUGCCGGCCUCUCGUCGCAGGACGCCAUGAAGAUGGUCAAACAUCAGAUCAUCGACGGCAGCACCAGGGCCUGCUCGGACUCGACCUCGAGAAAGCGGUGGAAAGCGAAGCUGCGGAUCGGCGACUUUGUCUCCGACGAGGUGCUCCUGGGCCCACGGGGCACGCCGCAAGGCUCGGUCAUUUCGCCUGCUCUCUUCAACAUCUGCAUGAUCGGCUUCACGAGGAAUCUGGCCCGAGUUGAAGGUGCCAAACACACCAUCUACGCCGAUGACAUCACGAUCUGGUGCACCGGCGGUGGCGAAGGGGCCACGCUAGAACACAUGGUAUGGGAAUACCAGCGACUAAUACGGGACAAUGAGAUCGAAGCCUCCAUCGACAGCCUCCGCGCGCGAUGGAAGGCCGCGCUGCUCAGCUCGAACCUGGAAGACCAACUCUGGGCAGUCCAGCGGGCCAAGGAAGCCGCCGAGAGGCAAGAACUCGUGGCCGUAACCUCGGCGGGUGUCCCAGCCCACUAA